AGUGUGGAGGAGGGGUGCAUCCUGGGGGGAAGUAGCAUGAUAAUACCACCAUAAGGAAGACAGACUAUGAUUGAGUUGCUUCGAGUGGCCCAUCUGGGGAUCUCAAGAAUGAAAACACUGGCCCGUAGCUAUGUGUGGUGGCCAAACAUGGAUGCAGGUUUAGAGUCAACGGUGCACAGAUGUCAUUCAUGUCAGUCCAACCAAGCCAUCCCAGCAACAGCACCACUUCAUCCAUGGGAAUGGCCAUACCAACCAUGGAUGAGGCUGCAUCUGGAUUUUUGUGGGCCAGUAUUAAGGAAGAUGUUUCUAAUUGUCAUUGAUGCCUAUUCAAAGUGGAUUGAGGUUCACCCAAUGUAGUUUAUAACUUCAUCCAUAACAGUGGAAAAAUUGGGGGGCAUCUUCGCCACACAUGGAAUCCCAGCUGUCAUUGUUAGUGAUAAUGGACCUAGCCUGGUCAGUGCGGAGUUCAAACACUUCCUGACAAAGAAUGGCAUAAAGCAUGUAAUGACAGCACCAAACCACCUGUCCUCAAAUGGCUAUGCUGAGUGGGCAGUGCAUGUGUUCAAACGGGGAAUCAAGAAGAUAGAGGAGAGUAGUGAGGAGACAAAGCUAUCCAGGUUCCUUUUCAAGUACCAAUCAACCCCUCAGACCACGACCAGAGCCAUGCCUGCUGAGCUGCUCAUGAACUGGAGGAUCAGGACCCAGCUGGAUCUGUUGCAUCCUUCACUAGCUGGCAAGGUUGGACUGAACCCGGCCAAACAAAAGCAUCAUGAUAAGCAUGCCCUGGACCAGAUGUUCACAGACUCCGACUCAGUCUAUGUGAGAGGGUUCUUGGGCCAGAAGUGGAUUCCUGCAGCACUCAUUGAGAGGACAGGUCCAGUAUCUUGGAAAGUCAAAACACAGGGUGGCAAGCUGGUGAGAUGA